AUGAUAUUUAUAUCAUUUUUAUAUUGUCUUUCCUUAGUAUUGGCAAAUCUAGCUAAUUUCGAUGAUGAUAGACAUUCUCAAGUUUGUGCAGGAGUAUAUUCAAAAAAGGAUUGGGGAGGAUCAUUAAAACCUCAUAUAGGAUUAAAUUUAAAAGAAUUUAAAGAUUAUAAAUAUAAUUCUAAAAAUAAAGAAGAAAAUAAUAAUCAUGAUGAUAUUUCUGUAUCAUAUAUAAUAUUUGAAUAUAAAGAUCUUAUAAAUAUUGGAGUUGAUCUUGGUGAUGGGAAAUAUAAAUUUAUUUGUGAUGAUUAUGCCAUAAAUACUUUAAAAAUAUGUUCAGAAGAUCAAAAAGAUAAUUUUAUAGUCAAUUCAAAUCUGACAAAUUCAACUAUUUUAGCUUCUCAAUUAAAUCAUUUAGGUCCAGCAGAUAUUCAUUAUCCAAUAAAUAGAACAGGAUAUUAUUGUGUUUCAACUUUUUCAAAAUAUGAUAAUGAUCCAUCAUAUAAGGGAAUAAUAAAUUUUCAAAAUGCAUUUGGUCAAUUAAAUGCUAGUGAAAUACCGAAAUUACCAGCUUAUGGAAUAUUAACUUUAUGUUAUGCAAUUGCUUUAGCAUUAUUUGGAUUUCAAUUUUUUAAAAAAAGAAAAGAAAAUCAAAUUUUACCUUUACAAAGAUAUUUAUUAGCAAUGUUGGGAUUUUUAACUUUUGAUACUUUAGUUGUUUGGUCUUAUUAUGAUUAUUUAAAUAGACAAGGUAAUGGAGGAUUUGCAAUUGCUUAUAUGGUUUUCAUGGCUAUUUGUAAUGCAAUAAAGAUAACUUUUUCAUUUUUCUUAUUAUUAUGUAUCGCUUUAGGUUAUGGGGUUGUUAAAUUAAAAUUGAAAAAAAGAACAAUGUUAUAUUGUAAAUUAUUAGCAGGGUUUAAUUUUGUUUCAGCUUUGGUUUAUCUUAUUUUCAAUUAUUUAGGAGGUUCAUCGAGUGCUUUAGUAAGUUCAGAUAGUAUUGAUGAAGGAACAGCAGGGAGCUUUUUAUUAUUACUUCCAUUAAUACCAAUAUCAAUCCUGUUAUCAAUAUACUACAUUACAAUCUUAUCUUCUAUCAGAAAAACUACUCAAGCAUUACAUCAACAAAGACAAAUUAUUAAAUUACAAUUAUAUCAAAAUUUAUUUAGAAUCAUAUUUCUUGCAAUUGUUAUUACUUUCCUUGGAUUAACUUUAAGUUCAUUUAUUUAUCUUAGUAUGUCAACAACUGAAAUGUUUGAACAACAUUGGAAAAGUGCAUUUUUCAUUUUUGAUUUUUGGCCAAGUGUUGUAUUUUUUGUGGUAUUUUUGAUUGUUGCUUGGUUAUGGAGACCAACUGAAACAAGUUAUAUGUUGGCAGUAUCUCAACAAUUAUCAACAAAUGCAGAUGAUGAGGAUCCAGAUUAUCAACAACCGGGAGGUCAUGAAUUUGAAUUAGACGACUUAUCAUUAAUGAGUCAUGAUGAUGAAGAGAACAAUAAUGGUGAUGAUGAGACAUUUGUGAAUAGUUCGCAUAGAAAUGUUGCUAGAGAUAGUUUUGAAAUAGCAGAAGAUGAUGAAAUUAAAAAGAAGAAACAACAAAACCAGCCGGCGCCACCUACUUAUGAAGAAGUUGAUCAUAACAAUACCCCAAGCGAGAAUGGUGAGAACGGAGGAACUUUGUUUGAUUUAGGAGAAGAGGAUGAUAGUGAUGUGGGAGAGGAUGAUAGAUUAAAAAAUGAAAGAGAUAGAGAUUGA